CAGUCAGCUCCCGCAGCCUCAGAGCCGGCGGCGCGACGGAGGCGCUGCAGAGACUCAGAGCCGACGCCAGGCGGCCGCCAGCGCUCACGCCGCAGCCCCGUUCCCUCCCCCUGCGUGCAGCCGGCCUUCCUCCGCGGCGCGGCCGCCGCAGGCUCACUCUCCCCUGGCUAGGCGCGCGCCGGCAGACGCUUGGCCCGGCCGGGGCGCCAGGUCCAUAGCUGCAGAUCGGGAGACCGAGGUCAGCUGCCUUGCGGGAGCCGGCCCGGGAGCCACUACCCGGGACGCUAUCGCCUCUCUUCCCGGCGCUUUUUUCUCCCCGGCGAUCGCCACCGCUUCCUGGAACAGAGACGCCCUUCGUCGGCUCCCUACGGGUGACCGAGGCAAGAAUCCCAGCCGGUUGUGUGCAGAGGCCAGUCGGCACGACCGAGUUGAAACAAAAUGUCAGUCAGUGUGCAUGAGAACCGCAAGUCCAGGGCCAGCAGUGGCUCCAUCAACAUCUACCUGUUUCAUAAGUCUUCCUAUGCCGACAGUGUUCUCACUCACUUGAACCUUCUUCGUCAGCAGCGGCUCUUCACAGAUGUCCUUCUCCACGCGGGAAACAAGACCUUCCCUUGCCACCGGGCCGUGCUGGCAGCAUGCAGCCGCUACUUCGAAGCCAUGUUCAGUGGUGGCCUGAAAGAGAGCCAGGACAGCGAAGUGAACUUCGACAAUUCCAUCCACCCAGAAGUCUUAGAGCUGCUUCUAGACUAUGCAUACUCCUCCCGGGUCAUUAUCAAUGAAGAAAAUGCUGAGUCGCUCCUGGAGGCUGGUGACAUGCUGGAGUUUCAGGACAUCAGAGAUGCAUGUGCAGAAUUUCUGGAGAAGAACCUGCAUCCCACCAACUGCCUAGGUAUGCUGCUGCUGUCUGAUGCCCACCAGUGCACCAAGCUGUACGAACUCUCCUGGAGAAUGUGUCUCAGCAACUUCCAAACCAUUCGAAAGAAUGAAGAUUUCCUCCAGUUGCCCCAGGACAUGGUUGUGCAGCUCCUGUCCAGUGAAGAGCUGGAGACGGAAGACGAAAGGCUGGUGUAUGAGUCUGCGAUGAACUGGAUUAGCUAUGACCUGAAGAAGCGCUACUGUUACCUCCCAGAACUGUUGCAGACGGUGAGGCUGGCCCUCCUUCCUGCCAUCUAUCUCAUGGAGAACGUGGCAAUGGAAGAACUCAUCACCAAGCAGAGAAAGAGUAAAGAGAUCGUGGAAGAGGCCAUCCGGUGCAAACUAAAAAUCUUGCAGAAUGAUGGCGUGGUGACCAGCCUCUGCGCUCGUCCUCGGAAAACUGGCCAUGCCCUGUUCCUCCUGGGAGGGCAGACCUUCAUGUGUGACAAACUCUACUUGGUAGACCAGAAGGCUAAAGAAAUCAUUCCCAAGGCUGACAUUCCCAGCCCGAGGAAAGAGUUCAGCGCAUGUGCAAUUGGCUGCAAAGUCUAUAUUACUGGGGGGCGAGGAUCAGAGAAUGGAGUCUCAAAAGAUGUCUGGGUUUAUGAUACCCUGCAUGAGGAGUGGUCCAAGGCUGCCCCCAUGCUGGUGGCCAGGUUUGGCCAUGGAUCAGCUGAACUGAAGCACUGCCUAUAUGUGGUCGGUGGGCACACAGCUGCAACUGGCUGCCUCCCGGCCUCCCCUUCGGUCUCUCUAAAGCAAGUAGAACAGUAUGACCCCACAACCAACAAAUGGACCAUGGUAGCCCCACUCCGAGAAGGCGUCAGCAAUGCUGCCGUAGUGAGUGCCAAACUCAAGCUGUUUGCUUUCGGUGGUACCAGUGUAAGCCACGACAAGCUUCCCAAGGUUCAGUGUUACGAUCAGUGUGAGAACAGAUGGUCAGUGCCGGCCACCUGUCCCCAGCCCUGGCGUUACACAGCAGCAGCUGUGCUGGGGAACCAGAUUUUUAUUAUGGGUGGAGAUACAGAGUUCUCGGCCUGCUCCGCGUACAAAUUCAAUAGUGAAACUUACCAGUGGACCAAGGUAGGAGAUGUGACAGCCAAGCGCAUGAGCUGCCAUGCCGUGGCCUCCGGGAACAAGCUUUACGUGGUCGGGGGCUACUUCGGCAUUCAGCGCUGCAAGACUUUGGACUGUUACGACCCAACUUUAGAUGUGUGGAACAGCAUAACCACAGUUCCCUACUCGCUGAUCCCUACUGCGUUCGUCAGCACCUGGAAACACCUGCCUUCCUAAUGCAGAGCGGCCUAAAGAGAGCACGCAUGAGCUCACUCUGACGCACGGUGAGAUGAGAUGUCGUUUCUGCUUUGGAGAAGGCAAGUUUAAUGAAGAGAGGAAAACAGGAGCAGUUGCUACUAGACUCCUGGAAUACCAUCGGCUGCACCUUGCGAACACUCUUACGUGGACAUGAAGGAAGGGGUGGGGGAGGGGGGCGGGAUUUUUUUUUUUUUUCAAUAUAAUAACACAUGGUUUAAAUAUGAAUGACUGAACUUGUGAUCUAGUCCUUGUCUGGUAAUUGUGGAUUAAUGUCAGCGUUAAUCAGCCCCUCAAAGGGAGAGAAAAGCUGGGCUUUUCCCUUGCUGUACCUCAUUCAGCUUUUGAUUUCCAUGGCCCCACCAUUUAUGUGCACGAUUUGAAAUGGUUGUCAGCUUCCUCUGAAGACUGAGCUUGAUGCCUCCAUGCCAGCUGCUGUUGGAGAUGCAAAGCCAAGCCAAGGUCAGGAGGGAAGCUGGCCUGGCUUCCUGAAGAAUGGGAACCCCAGGACUCUCCACCACUCGUCUCAGAAGGGUUGUGGUCCCCCAGGAACGUCUCAAAACAAUGGGGACAUUGUUGGUAGCUGUUUGGUAGAUGCUCUUUGCUAUUUAUGAGUGACUUUAAACCUUCUCUUGGCUGUUAAGAAAUGUGUUCUAGAUUUAGCUAUUUAUUGUUUGCGACCUGCAUGCUGAAACAGUGCUUACGUUGUCUCCACGUGUAUGGGCCUGUGUGGAUGGUCGUAUGUUUUGCACAUUUUGUAGCUGUUGGUGUGCUUUGACGCACACACAAAGAAGACUUUGGGGCUGUAAUUUGGAGGAUAAGUAGGGGGUGGGGGGGGGGAGGGGUGCAUUUUUGAAGUGUCGGGACAGAGGCGGAUUCCAAGACGGAAACUUAAAUUACAUCCCAGAGGCAGAGAAACCAUGAAGUCACCGUUCCUAGACCACCCUUUACUAACGUUUCAUGGUCACACUGAUGGCAGGACACACAUGAGCAGGGUAUUGGUCUGCCCUUCUUCCUCCUGUCUGAUUUACCUAACUUUGGUCUCGGCUGCUGAUUCUUGGAAAGGACCAAAUUACUUUAUAGUAUUUCCCCCAUUUGUGUAAUAUCCUGAAACCUUGGAGAGGUUCCAGAAUAGUUCUGUAUAUAGGGCACAGGUGAAGACAUUGUCCAAAGCUUAUUUAUUUAUUUAUUUACCGUGGGUGAGUAGCCACACCAGUAGAGGGAAAACUAAAAUGUGUGGAGUGUAAACAAACUCACUGACAACAUGGCUCUUGGACCUUGAUUUAGAAAGGCUCGAAAUUCUCCCAGGAAAACAUCCAUUUUGAUACAAUGUAAACGUUAGUGUUCACCCUUGGAUACAUGUUGAAAGAGCUCUUUGGUACACGGAAGUGACCUCUUUGGUCACACCUUGCCAAGAGGUGGCCUGUGGAGGUCUUCCGGUCCUAUUGGGAUCAUUUGUGAAUACAUUCUUUGCUCCUCUUAAGUGCUUGUUUACUAAACGUGCAGUGGUAGGUAUUAGUGCUAGACCACAGUGGGCACUUCCCCAGGUAUCUGGGGAAGACCAGAGCUUGCAACUCUGCCUGCUUUGAUCCUUAUUUCUCACAGUGCUGUAUUUAAAAAAAAAAAAUAGAACUUAAGACAGUUAACAACCUUUACAUUGUGUAUUUAUCUUGUCUAAUGACAGAUAAUUCCUUAACAUUUCUCCCCACCUUAGUACUUUAGGCUAAUUAUACACAUCUGUCUGUGCCGUGAGUAAGUGGACUGUAGUCGGACCAAAAACAAAAACAAAUGAGCCGUUGGACCAUUUGGGCAGUCAGUUUCUGGUCCUUAGCUGUAUCCUAAGCAGUGUAAGUGUCUGAUUGUACCCUGGUGGCAUGAUCAGUUUGUCUUGUAGCUGUUCCCGCUCCAUAGUUUACAAUGCAAAUCUGUCUCAAGAUCUUCACUUCGCUGCUGCUGAGAGCAGGGAGAAUUCUCUGCAGCUGUUUCAAAGUUGUGGCCUGGCCUUGAAUCCUCUAUUAAUUAUUGUGUGAGCCUGAGGGAGCUUCCCCGCAGGGGUGGGCCCCUAGCCGGCAGGGGGAACUUUCUAGACUCCCGCUUGUUCAAUUGAUCUAGGCAUUUGGGCUUGCUACUCGACCAUUCUCGCCCUGUGAAAUGUCCCACACUUUGAAGCAAAUACAAUUCACAGCACAGUACACACAAAAACCCUGGCAUAAGACAGGGGAGGUUCUUCUUAUUUUGUGAGCCGGUUGCCCUGGAAACGGAUAACAAAGGGCAGCCUUCCACUUCUGCUAUAAUGGGGGAGCCUCUUUUCUCAGGCUUGACACCUGUCUGAAUAAGAGUGAUUAGAGCCGCAUAAUAUCCGUCUCUUGGCUAUUGAGUACGUGGUUCACAUACCCAACCCUGUAGAAGUUAGAAGACGGUCAUGUCUGUAUGUUCUUGUUUGCUUCUACAUUUUUGAGGUUUUGUAAAACUGUUAUUUUUUUUUUCACGAUGUGAAACUGAAGGUCAAUAAAUUAUUAGAGAUUUUCUCUUCA